AUGCCCCAGGCGGACGCCGGGAAAGACUCCAGCCAGGCUGUCGACCCCCCGCCCCGUGAACAGCACCUUCCAGACGAGACGGCUGUUGACAACAACAUACAGCCCUCUCAUCGAGACGACGACGACGACGACGACGACGACGACCAGCUCCAAGUUGCCCGUCGGUUUCUUGCCCAAGACGCGGUAAAGUCGGCAUCGCGGGAGAAGAAGAUACAGUUCCUCACGUCCAAAGGCAUCGGCAGCAACGAUAUCGAAAAGCUUUUGGGCCAGUCAGAGCAACAACACCCUGAUUCAGCACCUCAUAGCCCCGACCAUCAGUCAGGCAAUACGCAGACGACAGCUGCCGCGGGAAAUCCUUCACUGCUCGUCACGACCAGCGACCGCCCCCCAAUCGUUACGUACCCCGAAUUCCUCGUCAAGCCACAGCGGCAACCGCCCUUGGUCACCAAGGAUGGCCUCUUCAGCACACUUUACGCCUUCGCCGGCUUGUCCACCCUCUUAUACGGCACGAGCAAAUAUCUCGCUGGCCCCAUGGUCGACAGCCUGACAGACGCGCGAACAGAAAUGCACCGCGUUACAGCCAAUAAGCUGCAAAGUUUGAUCGCCCAGCUCGAGAAGACUGUAUCUGUCCUCCCAUCCACCACCUCCCCGGCAGGGUUGGGUGACGAUACUUAUGCCAGCGACGCAGAGGAUCCUGCAGAGUUGUUCCACCGCGAUGUUGGCACUCAGACGUCACUAAUCGAUACCAGUUCCACAACCACCUCGAAAAAAGACGAGCCCGCGCCGAAACGACAUGCCGAUAACCUGGCGUGUCUAUCAAAGUCAAUAUCUGUCCUCAGAGACCAGUACCGAGCACAAAGCGAGGGCCUUCAGAAUAUCAAGACGGUACUAGAUGUCUUUCAGGAUGACCUUGAUGGAAUGACCUAUUACGGUGGGGCUGCGGAUUCGGUUGGCGGAUACGAUAUUUAUGGGGCUCUCAAGAGAAACGAGCCAGAAGAUGAGAUCCGUAAAGUCAGAGACAACAUCAGGCGGAUCAAGGGUGUGUUAUUAAGCACUAGGAACUUCCCUGCGUUUACGAGAUGA